UCCUUGUUAAGAUCAACUAAAUCUUUCUACCUCUCCAAAACACAGAAACAAAAUGGCUGAGACAGCUCCAGUUCUUGUUAACCACAGGCCUUUUGAACCAAACCCUAUCCUCUCCUUUGACUCCCUUGACUCAUCCAUCAUCAAACCUCAUGAUUCCAUUGCGAUUGUUGAUGAUGUUGAGAUCCCCACCGUUGAUUACUUCAUGUUAUUCUCUGAUGAUCUCGAUGAACGAUCCAAAGCCCUCGAAUACAUAGGCCGUGUCUGCAAGGACUUUGGCUUCUUCUAUCUGGUAAACCAUGGCAUAUCCGAUAGCGUGUUUGAGGGUGUUUUCAAAGGAAUUUCUGACUUCUUUAAUCCAACGGAGAUAGAGAGCCGAAAGCAGUACGAGAAAAAGAAUCCAACAGAUAGAAUUCGAUGGGGCUUACGAUCUUCUCCUGGAGAGAAUAGGGAAUAUCUCAAGAUCAUUGCGCAUCCCCAGUAUCACUGCCCUACUAAACCAUCUGGUUUCAGUGAGUCCAUGGAAGAGUAUUUCAAGGGCUUGCGAGAGGUAGUACAGGGUUUGGGAAAGGCAGUGUCAAAAGCCUUGGGAUUUGAAGAAUGCUACAUAGAAAAAGCUUUUAAGCUUGGAACGGGCUUUGAUGUGUCUGCCAUGAACCUCUACCCUCCAAAUUUCAGAUCAAAAGGUUCCAUUGGUGUACCUGACCAUACUGACCCUGGCUUCUUUGUUUCACUCAUUCAAGAUGUGAAUGGUGGCCUACAAGUAUUUUCCAAUGAUGGAAACUGCAUCAAUGUCAAUAUGCCCCCUAAUGCCAUUUUUAUAAACCUUGGGGACCAUCUUGAGAUAUUGACAAAUGGGAAAUACAAGAGCCAUGUUCACCGAGUGGUUGUGGACAACAACAAAGUGAAGAGGAUCUCAGUGGCUACGCUUCACGGACCUUCAUUGGAUGCAUUUGUUAGCCCAGCACCAGAGUUUGUGGAUGACUCUCACCCACCUGCAUAUCGUGGAAUGACCUACAAGCAAUCCUUACAAGCUAAUGGCUCCGAUGAGAUCGAUGUCCAAUCUAGCAUCGAACAAAUUCGUCUUUAACCUUGAUCUGCGGACAGUGUAAAUUGUGGGGUGUCAAUGAACUUGAACAAG